GUGAUAUUUUCUCACUUCGGGCUAAUCGAUUUUAGAAGUCACCAGCAAUCAUGGGGGCCUCUGUUCUACCGAUCAUCAUUUUCUCGGCUAUUUUUGGCGUGAUUGGCAUCGCUUUGCCAAUCAUUGCCCCAAAGGGACCGAAUCGAGGAAUUGUCCAAUGCGUAUUGAUACUGACCGCGGCAACCUGUUGGUUAUUCUGGCUCUGCUGCUAUAUGGCUCAGAUGAAUCCGCUGAUCGGUCCUAAGCUACACCAGAAUACGAUCCUGAUAAUGGCACGCGAAUGGGGCAAUCCACUGCCGGACAUGGAAGGUUACACCCCCGAACAUCACGCAUAAGAUGGAAGGCAACUUACGGGAGCCUCAGGCUCCCCUAGUUUUAUCAUUGCAUCGCAUGAAAAUCAGAAUGAAAAAAAUGCAUCAAAAUAGCCACCACAAAUUUUGAUAACAAGUAAGCAUCCACAUUGAAAGAAGAACGAAAACCUCUUAUAUUCCUGGUGACUCAUAAGCAUAACGCAAGAUAAAGAGAGAUCUUGUGCCGUUCGAUGAAUUGUUCUCAUUGGGCCUACAGAUAUGCUUGUGAAAUUUUAAUGUUAAGAAUUCCUGUCGCGAUAUUGAAAAUAUUGUAUCUCCGAUAAUCGAAGAAGAACAUAUUUUUUACCGCAAUGCAUAUGCAGUAUUUGGGUGGAUAAAUUCACUCAGUAAAUAUAUGCAGUAAAAAAAGGCAAGACAUACACGAAGAAUAUAUGAAACUAAACGUUAUAAUACAGUCACAAAAUUUAAUGGAAUUUUCACAUUACACCGUUAUUAAAGGAAGUAAUACAAUCGACAUAAGAAAAUGAUAGCGAUUGAAUAAGAUGUACUAUUUUCCAGCCAAACAUUCAUUAGAUAUAUUGGAGCCAACACAACAAAAAAUGGUAAAAUUAUAUUAAUCACGAGUACAUGUAUGUUGCAUACCAAGCAGUAGAGUCAAUACAAUAUAUGCGGUAGAUGAAAUCAUA